CUAAUUCCCCAUGGUCCCAACACCGAGUCGGUCUGCGCGGCACCUCCUCGCCCGUCCACCAGCCAUCUCAAACGACAACCGUGCCGCGCCUCCACGGCCGCCCACCAGCCAUCCCACCCGCAUGCACCCACCAUGCGCUCGCAGACGCUCGCUUCCCUGAGCCUGCUGCUUCUGGCUGCGGCUCCAUCGGCGACCGCCGCCCCGCCGAACCAGCCGGCACCCCCAUACGACGUCUCCAACGCGCCCAAUCGCACGCCGCCCACGUGGCGCAGACUGUCCGACGCCAUCAUUAGGAAGAUAUGGCGCUUGCCAGACAGCCAGAAGAGGCUGGGCAAUGGUAACGGCAACACGCACCAGGCAGCAACCGAGCAGUUCGCGUCACGAUACGGCGGCGAGGUGGUGCUGAGGUUCACGAUUCGCACAGCAGCCGAGGCAACGUCUCUGGCAGAGGCAGCCGAGGUCUUGUUUCUCGACGUGUGGGAAUUCAAUCAGGACUGGGCCGACAUCAGAGUCGCAAAGGACGUGGUCCCGUCGCUGCUUGGCCUGCUCCCGCCCUCACUGACGCAUUCACAUGAACCCCUCAUGCAGGGUCUCGACCUUGCGCAAGCCAUCCGCGACUCGUACCCCUCCUCGUCGCCGACACGGUCGCAUCAGGAUGACGACUCGUUUGCACCGAACCUCAAGCCUGCGGCUCGCAAGGGCAAGGGCGGCCACCCAUUCCUGCAGGACUACCAGCCACUGUCGGUCAUCAACCCCUGGAUGGAGCUGAUGGCGUCCAUGUUUACUAGCCAUGUCCGCCGCAUCACCGUCGGGACGACGUACGAGGGCCGCGACAUUCCCGCUCUGCGCGUCGGCGUCCACGCAAGCAGCAGCGACGAGCCCUCGGGCCCGCGCAAGACGGUCCUCAUCACAGGCGGCUCGCACGCACGUGAAUGGAUCUCGACCAGCACGGUCAACUACGUCGCCUGGAACCUGAUCAACUCGUACGGCAAAGACCGCGAAAUCACACGCCUCCUCGAAGAGUUUGACUUUGUCCUCGUCCCCACCCUGAACCCAGACGGCUACGUCUACAGCUGGGAAUCCGACCGUCUGUGGCGUAAAAACAGACAGCCCUCCAGUCUUCGCUUCUGCACCGGCAUCGACCUCGAUCGCACCUAUCCCUUCAAGUGGGACGGCGACGUGCUGCGGACGAACCCGUGCAGCGAGUCGCACGCCGGCAGCGCGCCCUUUGAAGGCGUCGAGGCCCAGCGCUUCGCCGAGUGGGCCAAGAACGAGACGGAGCAGAACAAGGUGCAAUUCGUUGGCUUCUUGGACCUGCACUCGUACUCGCAGCAGAUUCUGUACCCAUACAGCUACUCCUGCGCCGACGAGCCGCCCGCGCUGGAAGACCUCGAGGAGCUAGCGAUUGGUCUAGCAAAGGCCAUUCGGAUCAGCCGAAAGGGCCACGCCUACAAGGUGACUUCGGCGUGCGAGGGCAACGUGCUGGUGUCGAGCGACAAGAAGCACCGCGCCAUCCUGCCACGCAUCGAGUCCAGUGGCGGAAGCGCGCUCGAUUGGUUCUACCACGAACUCAAGGUCAAGUACUCGUACCAGAUCAAGCUGCGCGACACCGGCAGCUAUGGCUUCCUCUUGCCAAAGGAGAACAUUGCCCCCACCGGCGACGAGAUGCUGGAUGCGGUACUGUACUUUGGCCGCUUCAUGCUCGGUGAAGUUGGCCUCGUCACGGCGAAGGACCAGGACGCGCAGCUCCACGAGCCCGUGCAUGACGACUGGGUCGUGGUUGACAAAGCAGACGGUGAGGCUGCGGACGAGGAGGCGAUGGAGCUCUGACCAAAAGUCGGCUUCUUUUGUACGUGCACUACCAGACGGCCUGAAGACUUGCAGAC